CCCGUACGAACAGGGACCAUUUCUGUCACUCUCCAUCUGAGGAAUUAGCUCACCUUCCUCUCCCUACCCUCUCUCCCCCUUCCAAUCCCAAUUCCAUCCCCCUUUCUCCCUUGUCCCCACUCCAAACCUCAAAUUAAGUAGUUAUCCUCUCCCCACUCUAUAACACCAGUGAACCACUCUCCUCUCUCUAUAAAAAGAACCCCACAAACCCACCUCCACCUCCACCCCACUUCCUCUUCCUCUCACCAUUAACUCCAUAAGCCAAAUCCAUAUAGACUCCCAUCCACUCUGUGAGAGUCUACACAGAUAAGAUAUAUGCACAAACUCUUCCAAAUUUCCUUAAAUCGAGAAGCAAACGUACAUCGAUAAAUUUAUAUAUUCGAUAUUACAUUAAUAUUAUUCAAAGACGAUGUCACAGCCGAGCAGCAACGUGAUGACCACCGCCAUCAUGGUGGCCGCGGUGAUAGUAAUUUUUAUGGUCUUCCUCUUCGCCUUGUUCUUCUACCUCCACGUGAAGCGCUACUCUGGCGCCAAUCCCACCCUCGGCCGCGCCCGCGCCCGCGCCCGCGCCCGCGCCCCCGUCGCUGUCGCCGACGAAGCCGCCGUCCCCCGUCGUGGCCUCGAUCCGGCCGCAAUUAAAGCCCUCCCUUACAUGGUUUUCGGGCCGGAGGUAUUCAAGGAGGGGCUCGAGUGCGCUGUCUGCCUCUCGGAGCUGUCGAAGGGGGAGGAGGCUCGGUUGCUGCCCGGUUGCAGGCAUGGCUUCCAUUUGGAGUGCAUCGAUAUGUGGCUAAACUCUCACUCCACCUGCCCGCUCUGCCGCAGCCCGGUGUUGUCGGAGAAUGCUGAUUCUGGCGUCGAAUUGGCUGAGGAUUCUCCGGUGGAGGCGGUGCUGGCGGCCGGGCGACUGCCGGAGUCCCCAAUUUUCCCAACCAAUGUGUUGUUUUGGGGAUCCCAGGAUCAGGUCACAACUGGAGGUCCGACGACCGCAGCAGUGGCGGCGGGCUGGUGUGAAGGGAGUUCGAGUUCUAUGGACUCUUCGACAGGGAGGCCUGACCGAAAGCUGGUGAUCGAUGUCGAGCGACGAAUGAUGGAGGGAUGCCAAUGUCCAGCAUUAAGUAGGCUACCUGUGGAUGAGAUCAAGUCUCCAACGUCGGCGAGGUUGAGGUCACUGAGGAGGCUCCUGAGCCAGGGGAAUCGAGGGAUUGGUUCUUCUUGCAGCCUCCGAGUUGGUGAUAUUGAGCAGGGAAUAGUAGGAGUUGGAGUUGCAGUAGAUGGGAGUCUUCAGAUGCCAAAAAUAUCUCCAAGUUCUUGAAUUGGUUUCACCAAUUGCUUUUGGCAAUUGAGAAUUAUUGGAGAAUGGAAAGAAAUCUGGAGCACAAGAUACUGAAAGCAAGCAUGGAAAGUUAGUAAUUUCGGGUGUUUGAGAUGCAAGGCAGUUGGUUUGCCCCAGAAUUUGCACAGAAAGGAAUCAGUUUUCAUAGAUCCAAUUCAAAAAUCCAGCUCAUGAUCCAUAGAGUCAUUCACCCUCGGGAGUGAAUAAUGAAUGCUGUCUCUAAAAGCAUUUUGUUUAAAUGCAUUUUGGAUAUAUGAAUUGAUUCAUUUAAUUCCACCAUUGCAAAAUGUUAAAUUGAAUUCUUUGUUUGCCAGGCUAUUUACUAUCCA